AUGACGGUAUCAGCCCAGCCUCUCGACGUCCUCGUCGUCGGCGCCGGCAUUGCUGGUCUCUCAACAGCCAUUGCGCUCGGAAAACAGGGGCAUCGUGUUGUGGAGUGGUACCUCGUGCAUCGAGUUGAGCUACACAACCACCUCAAACAACGUGCCCUUGAAACCGCAACGUUGCAUACAGGGUGUAGAAUAACCGAGGUCAAUCUGGAAGGGGCUUGUCCGUCGGUCACUCUCGGUGAUGGUCGCACUUUCAAGGCUGACCUGCUCCUUGGUGCAGAUGGACUACAUUCCCAAAUUCGUCGGAGUAUCACACCAGGAUCUCCCUCCCCAUACCCCGUUGGCAAGUCAUGCUUCCGUUGGCUUCUUCCUACAGAUCAAUUAAAGCAACAUGCGAGCACUGUUGAUUUUGUGCGAGACACCGGCGUGUUUAUUGAGUGGGCAUCCCAUGACCGGCGGCUCGUGGCUUACCCUUGCUCUGAUAGCAAGAUCCUCAAUCUUUGUGCUUUUGUCCCUUUGAAUGAAGUUCAGGCAGACAACCAAAGUGACACCUGGCAGUCAGCUGGAGACCAGACUACAAUUGUGAGGGCCUUUUCGAAGUUUUCACCCGGUGUUCAACAAAUUAUUGCAAGUGCAGACAAAAAUCUCAAAGUAUGGGAUCUGUAUGAUAUGGAGGAACUGCCGACUUGGACUCGAGGCCACGCUGCUCUUCUGGGAGAUGCAGCACAUCCGUUCCAGCCAUACUUGGGCCAGGGAGCAGCUAUGGCAAUCGAAGAUGCAGUUAGCAUUGCCACCUUGCUCCCUUGUGGCAGCACGCCGGACGAUGUCCCCACGCGACUUGAAAUGUACCAAGCGGGCCGUCGGCCACGGGUCAACUUUGUCCUCCACUACACUCGGAUAAAUGGACGGGAUGAGGAUGAUACAGCCGGCGAUAGAUUAUCAGCUGUGGAAAUGGUGAAAGUCAUGAAUAUUUGUUUCUCGUACAAUGAGAUUGAGCACUCUACAAAGUUGCUGGAUGGCAGAUGA